AUGUUUCUUUUCUUGUUUGUAGGAAUAAUUGAAAGUGCUUUUGUCCCGUUUGCAGACGACUAUGAUGCUUUCAAUUAUAUAUUUGAUGAAUCUCAGUUCAAUAGCUUUGUUUCUUCAAGAAAUAAAGUAAUUGCAAUCGGAAUGAACUCCAAACACCGAGCUGUAAAGAUUAUUCCAACAACAUAUCGAAUAUUACAUGAUGCAUACUUUGAUCAAUGCGAUUUUGUCCAGAUUUCAGAGGAAUUUACAUUAAAAAUAUCAAAAGAAUUAAAUUUGAAUUUACCAAUUGUAUUACUGUUUGAUAAUGGACGAAACAUAGCUAUAUUUGAAUAUCCAGAACAAGAAAGUUCAUUUAUAAAAUUAGUUCAAAUUUUUAUUGAAUCAAAAUUAGAAAAAAUAUCUACAUCGGAAGAGCUUUACGAUAAUUUAGGCGAAUCUCCAUACGCAUUACUUGUUUCUGAAGAAAAUUAUGAAAAAGCAAAAUUAAUUCACUAUAAUGUAUCGACAAAGAUUGGAAUGACAGAUAUUCUUAUUGUAGAUCAGCAAAUUCUCGAUAACUUGAGUAUAUCUACUGGAAUUGGCCUGUUUAGAAAUGAAGAUUCUUAUUUAAUUGAAAUUGAACCAAAUGUUAACAGUUUUCUAAGAAAUUCUAGAAAAAACCAGAAUUUUCGAAAAAGUGACACCAACUAUUAA